ACACCCAACCGGAAGCGUUAUUUUCGGUAUUCCACAUUUGUAUUUUCCCUUUUUCGUUUUCGAAAGAGCUUCCGUUUUACUUCUUUUUACAAUCAAUGUCACUGUCAAACGGAGUCAUGCUAGUAUCUUCUGUACAUAAAUUUUCGGCAGCUUUACGGGUAAUGAAAUCAUGCUAGAGGCACUGUCGCUCCUAGAAACUUUAAUCUUGCCCCUGUUUGAAAAGCUUAAGGCAAUUUCAUUUUUCAUGUUGAUGCAUCCAUGAUAUUGAUAUUUCGUGACAUGACCUUUUAACUUUUUAAUUUUCAAGUUUUUUAUUAUAUUAUUGCCUUUUAACUUUUUCUAAUAUUAAAAUUAAAAGUAAUCUAACUGUUCUAAUCCUGCUUUUCUAGUUACUAUGUUUAAGCCCUCACUUCUAUCUCUCACUCUCAAAAUUUGAUAUACUUUGAAAUGAUCUGACCUCCUGAUAUCAAAGUUUCGAAUUUAUAAUGUAGGCUAUGGACUAUGACAUGGAUGGCUAUGGGGAUGACCUAUGGCUACAGCUACACUUUGCUACAGACUAUAGUUACACUAUCCUAUAGUAUAGAGUAGUGUAGGGGCUAUUGUGCAGAGAUUGCACAAUGAUGUCAUUUGCCUGUUUUGUCCCUGGUUCUGAUGGGGUCAAAACCCUGGUUCCGAUAGGGUCAAAACCCAGGUGAGGGAUAAGUUAUAAGUAAUAGUUAUAUAGUAAUAUAAGUUAUAAGUCAUAGGCCAUAGCCGUCCAUAGCCUACAUUAUAAGUAAGGGAUAAGUAAGAGGUAAGUUGUAAAGUUAAGGGUCCCUAAACUUAUCCCAAACCUAUGUUUUGACCUUUUUGGUAUUGGAACCAGGGUUUUGACCCUUUCGGAACCAGGGACACAACACGCUAUCUCUCCAAUUAGCCGAAAUUAAAAAAUGAAACCAAAAUCAACGUAGCGUUCUAUCUUUAAUAGUUUAUGAGGUAUGAAUUUUCAAUCAAUGUAUGACUUCCUUUGUCCUUUUUAACAUGGACCGCAUUUCCACAUUCUUUGACCCCAUUCCCCUGUUCGCAUCACAAGCAUAAUGUUAUAAGUUAUACAGUUAAAAGUGUAACUAUUAACCAAAUUCAAUUUGAAUAUUGCUUACCAAUACUAAAUAAUUUGUCAUAUUUUUUUUCCCCAGGUUAACACCCCUCUGAAGAGCAAAACAUUUGCCUCUUUAUAUGUUUCAUCAAGAAACUAUGCAAAUGGAGGUACAGAAAUAGAUUGUAAAAUUAAACAAUACUCUAUUUUUUAGUAACUGUAAAUUUGUCAAACCUUAUCUUGUUCAUAGGGUUUCAUUAGUUGAAAUUUGUUUGAUCUCAGGUGAUACAGACCUUGUUGUAAUUGGCUCAGGCCCUGGGGGCUAUGUUGCUGCAAUCAAGGCAGCCCAAUUGGGAUUGAAAGUAAGUCAAGUUGACCUGUCAAAAUUUAAAAAAAAAAUUGGUAAAUAUUAAUAAAUUUGGAUUUAAUAAUUUACAAGAUCUGAAAUUAAUGACUGCUAGGGUUAUUUAUUCUAUUGUGGAGAGUUCAGACCUGGGUGCGACAGGGGUUGGGGGAAUCCCACAGCAGGGUACCGACAAACUGACCAGCGGUUGUAGCUAUAACACAGUGACGACGCUAUUGCGAACGUUAGUAGUUGUUGGUUAAUGGCUAUUUAAACGACAGGGGGCAUUGGAACAGAUUUGAGUAUCAGCCGGACCUGGUGGAGGCUGACCAACUGACCAAUUAUUGUAGCUUGGCAGAUAACAUCGUGGCGAGGCUAUUAGGAACGUUAUGUGAGUCCAGUGGUCAGUUAAUAUCCAUUUAAACGACGGGAGGCGUCGGAAGAGAUUUUAGUACCGAAGAUGUAGCAAAAGAUUAAAGCCACGUGGGGGAAACUCUAGUGAUGCAGCGACCUAUUCAGGGACAUAUAAAUAGGGACCUUUGGACAGGACUAGGGAGAACUCAGCCGGACUGGGAAACGGACAGUCGAAGAGAACUAAGCCGGACAGGGAAGCGGUCAGUCGAGAGAACUCAGCCGUACGGAGGGCUAGUCGGACAGUUUACUGGACAGGAGUAGAGAUAGACAGGAGAAGGCAGUAACCCGGGACAGUCGGAGCAGAGUUGCAAGAUUCUGAUUGUAGAGCAGAUCGAUUAAAGUGAAAGGCUACCAGUCAACUUGUUGAGUGUUACAGUAAGAGAGAGAGUGAACGAGUUUACCAUCCACAUAAAGUAGAUAGAGGAAUGAGGCGUGACGCAUGGUUACCUUACACUAUUACUUUAUUCUUUAAUAAUUUUUCUAAAUCUUUUCAAGACUCAAUAAUAUAAUAUAAUAUCUCAAGUUGACUAAAGAUGGAGUAAUUGACAAAUGAAAUAGUUAAUGGAAAGGUAACUUCAUAUCAGUUCCAUACAAUUCAAUUGUGCAUGCAUUGAAACAUGCCACCCCUACAUCAUUAAUGCUUACUAAAUUAGAAACAAAAUCUUUAAUUUAAAGCAAAUAAAAAAGCAUUUAAUCACAAAACAGGAAAAUAUAAAUCUAUGUACCAGUAGAUUUUGAUUUGUUAAGAUGUUUUAGAGCAUGUAUUCAUAUGCUUUAAUUAACCCACAAAAAUAUCUUACUAUUUAAAAUAGGCUUUGUAUAUUCAAGUUAAUUAUGUGAAGUUCAACUAACUUACUACAAUAUUGUAGCAUAAAGCAAAUCUUUUAAUUAUGAUGUUAUCCUACUAUAACAAAUGUAUUCCAUGAUUAUCAAUGGCCUUAAAAUGCUUUGUAAUAAGAAAUAACUAUCACAUUUUCCAAUCUUGCUUUCAGACUGUUUGCGUGGAGAAGAAUGACACAUUAGGGGGGACCUGUUUAAAUGUGGGGUGCAUCCCAUCUAAAUCUCUAUUAAAUAAUUCUCAUCUUUACCAUAUGGCUAACCAUAAUGACCUCACUAACAGAGGGAUUGAGUGUAUGUAUAUUCUUUCUAAAAAUGUACACUUAAAACUUAUAAAAUUAAUCUAAAUUAAUUUCAGUGUUAUGUUGAAAAAAAUGCCAUAUAGUAUAAAUUUCAUUAUUCUCAUUAUUAAUUACCUUAAAAUUGAACUGAAAGUAAUAAAUACUUUGAAAGUGCCGCUCCCAGCUUGUAUUGAUAAUUUCUUAUUUAUUGUGAUAAAGGGAUUAGAGUACUAGUAAAACUUUCUAAAUCUAUUCUUUAUGAUAUAGUUGUGAUUAGUUGUCAGAAUAAAUAAGUACUUCAUCAGCUAAUCUAUCAUUUUUUUCAAAUGUUUAAUCAGUUACAGGACUCAAACUGAAUCUUCCCAAGAUGAUGGAGCAAAAAAGCAAUGCAGUUAAAGCCUUAACAGGAGGAAUAGCUCACUUGUUUAAAAAAAAUUCUGUAUGCUUUCUACAAUCUCCUUUUUUAACUUGACACAUUUCAAUAUAUGCAACUGGUAGAUGUCAACUAUUUAGAAAUAUAAAUUUAAGCCAUGCUGAUUAUUUUUAAAGUAUUCAUUAACAUAUUUAACUUAAUGUUAUAUUUAUAGAUAUGACUUGGAUAUAUUAUAAUUUAAAAGAAAUAUAAAAAAAAAAUAGAAGCACUAAAUAAUAAAAAAAAAUCGAGAAGGAUAAUGUCAUCUUUUCCUAUUGAAAGAAUGUAUGGUUACAUGUGGCCCAAUAGAAUGUAAUAAAAUAAUUAUUGAUAUAAUUUUAAACUUUAAUCUUGAUAGUGUGCAUGUUUACAACUGUUCCUAAAUUCACCAAACAGAUCAACCAUUUGCAAGGCUUCGGAAGAAUCUCAGGUCCUAAUGAAGUGACAGUAACAAAGAAAGAUGGCAGCACAGAAAAAGUCAACACCAAAAAUAUCCUUAUUGCUGUGGGCUCUGAAGUCACCCCUUUUGCUGGAAUUGAGGUUUGUUGGACAAUAUAAGAGACCUCUGCAGUCAUGUUGAUGUUACCUCUUCAUCCUUGAUCAGGAAUUCAAAUGAAAUAUCAACUACAAGUUUGCUUUGAUGUACACAAUUGAAUUCUUUGUUUGCAUCUGAACAUACAUUUAUAUAAAUAUUCUCAUCCAACACAUUCGACUAGGUCGUUAAAGGAUUAAUUUGCUUUGUAUAUUGUAAGAUAUCUUUUUGAUAAAAUAGCAUUAGUUAUUUUAAAAUGAUGAUCAGCAAUUUCUUUUUGUAGAUAGAUGAAAAACAGAUUGUUACUUCUACUGGGGCUUUAUCUCUAGAAAAAGUACCCAAAAAUCUAGUUCUCAUCGGAGCAGGAGUGAUUGGUGUAGAGCUGGUAGGUUUCAAUUUCAUUUAUUAGUGUGUGUGUGUGCGCUCAGAUUUAGAUUAACAACCCUUUGUUUGAAAAAUAAAAAUAAAUUGUUAGUUAACUGUUAUAAUAAUUUCCAGUAAUAAUUAAGUCAAAAUAACUAUAAAAUAGCUGCACAAAAUUAAGACACCCCCCACCCCCAAAAAAAAAACAAAAACAAACAAACAACAUAUUUUUUGUGUCCAUCCUUGUUUAGAGAUUUUGAGUCAAUAAUAAUAAAAUUGCACUUAUUUUCUUGACUUGCAGGGCUCUGUGUGGCAAAGGCUUGGUGCAAAUGUUACUUGUGUGGAGUUCCUUGGCCAUGUUGGGGGUUUAGGCAUUGAUAUGGAGGUUUCUAGAAAUUUCCAAAGGUCUCUAGCUAAACAGGGGAUUAAAUUCAAACUCAACACUAAAGUCAUCUCAGCAGCAAAGUCAGGGGAAACCAUCACAGUCAAUGUUGAAGGUGCCAAGGAUGGUAAAAAAGAAGAGGUUUGUCAAUCUUUAGUUUCAAUCUGUUGGAUCGUUUUUAUUGACUGGCUUUCCUAGUUUCUUGAUACCUUCAUUAGUUUGACGAUUUAUGUGUAGGUCUUAUUGGACUAUUGCCUGUUGUUAAGAAAAGAUUAGUACUUGGACUAUCCAUUUCAUUUCUAAUGCAGUGGAGGAGAGGAGGGUCUAAUUAUAUGAUAAUGAAAAGGUUACCUGCCUUAUAUGAUCAUGAAUAAUGGUUACCUACCUUCAGAAGGAUGGGCUAUUAAUUAGUUAGCUUCUUGGUCCAUACAUUUAUUGCUGCACAUAAAUUAAACCCCUUCAUCAUCCAAUUUAAAUACUUUGGCCGUCUGUACAUAUUAUUAACUUUCAAAUGCUACACAUUUGUCCAUGUAUGGAGACAGCAGACCAUGGAAUUGUCUGAGUUUGAUGUUGUGGUUCAGGUCGAUAGCCAUUGAUGAUGGAAACUGCAUAAUGCUUUAAUAAAAUACCAUUAAUCCAAAUAUUGAAAAGUUUGUAAUACAACAAGAUAUAAUGUAGGGAUCUGUUUGGUUUGUGCAUGUAUUACUUUGUUGAUGGGCCUCAGAUAUUUUUAAUUUUGUUUCCUAACAGCUUCAGUGUGACACACUUCUGGUCUGUAUCGGACGCAGACCCUUCACUAAAGACAUUGGUCUAGAAACUGUGGGAAUCCAGCUAGAUAAACAAGGGAGGGUACCAAUUAACUCACGCUUCCAGACCUCAGUACCUAGGUGAAUAAUUAGGUGGUUGAUGGCUUAUCUGGUUUAAGUGUGCAUGAGAUCAGUAACUUAUGAUAAUCUGAAUCUUUGUCCAUAAGGGUUAAAUAACUUUAAAAAACGCAGAGUUUUACUUGACAAUAAGUUAUCUAAAACAUGAUUACAUCUAUGUCCUUAGCAUUUAUGCCAUUGGUGACUGUGUGCAGGGACCCAUGUUAGCUCAUAAAGCAGAAGAUGAAGGUAAGAUCAUUUCAGAAAGCACAAUAAUAAUUUUGAUAUUUUUAAAGUAAAAAAUUACAUUUAAAAAAAAAAUUCUGUGCUUUUCUUAUAUUUAUAUAUGAAGAUAUCACAACUUAUAUCUGAUGAAACCCCGAAAAAAAAAUCGUAUUUUAUACUGAGUAAAACUAUAUUGUGCGAAACUGUGGAUAACAAAUUCUAUUGACUACAUGAAACAAAAUAAAAUAUUUGAAAUAAACUCUUUUUAACUCCCAGGGUCAGUUGGCUAAUUUCAUGGAUUCCCAGAGCCAAUAUUAUAUUAAAAUCUGGUUGUGUUCUGUACCAUAUUCCACUUACGUAUUAAUCUUCUUCUAUAUUUUGAUGGCCGACGAUCAAUGAAUUAAUCAUUCUAGCUACUACGUUUCAGAGGGGUUCGCAAUGUUACUGUGUAUUGUUAUGAAGGGGAUACUUCACUGGUUGCAAGGGCUACUCGGGAGUGCUAUUAUGAACUGGGGGCUGGAAGACAGUAGGCAAAAAGACACAAAUGUGUCAACUGUUGCUUUUGGAAGCUUGUUCCUUAUUGUCUUUGGCAGGAAUGAAUAGCUCCUGUACUGGGUUCUUGUUUUUAUUUGCCCGAACGGCCUGUCGUGGCCUCGUCGCUGUCUAGGGGGGAGAUGGACGAGUUUCUGUUUAAUCUUGCUCCUAUACUAAAAUGUUCCAAGUGGCAAAGCACCUCUGUCCACUCUGUUAAUGAGUGCAAAAGAUUUAACUCCUUUGCUCUCAAUGAUUUUGAACUUGGAAUUAAUUUUUUUAAACAUUCCAUGGCAAACCAGCUCAGAAAAAUCAUAGACCCAUCAAGUGAAUUAUAUUAUUUUGAAAGCUUUUGUGAAAUAUUUUGAUUUCUUUCUCUAGUUAAAAAUAGUUUUGUCGCCUCUUAUUUUUAUUGCUUGUGCAUGUCUUCCACUUUUGCUGAUGGACUUAUUUUAAACUAAAGGUUUACCUCCUCUUUUAAAAAAGACUGCCUAGCUAGUCUUACUAGUCUACUCCACCCAGGGUUGAGCAAUUAGCUGAGACAGCCCACAAUUAAUUUUUGUUCAUAACUAAUGUUUAUCAAAACCUAAAAAAAAAAGACAGAUUUGGAAUGUGUCCAAGCUGACUGCUUAGGUUUGCUGAAUGUGAUGUAAUGAGUCUGAAUGUUGGCGUAUUUAAGGUUAUUAAAUAUAUAUAUCUUCUGUUACUAGGUAUAAUUUGUGUUGAGGGCAUUUGUGGGGGUGCUGUGCACAUUGACUACAACUGUGUCCCCUCAGUUAUCUAUACUCAUCCUGAGGUGGCCUGGGUGGGCAAAAAUGAGGAGCAACUCAAGGAAGCAGUUAGUGUUAAAAUUUUAUUAUUAGCUAUUAGUAAUUUCAUGUAUACAUUUUUUUUUAUUGCAUUAGUUUAUUAUUUUAUUGGAAUAGUCUAUUAUUUUGUAUGAAUAGCUGUUAUUUUUUAUAGUUCUAUUUUUUAACUUCCCUUUUCUUCAUUUUCAAUUUUUUUUUAGGGUGUAGAAUACAAAGUUGGCUCUUUUCCUUUGGCUGCUAACAGCAGAGCCAAGUGUAACAAUGACACUGAUGGAUUUGUCAAAGUUUUGUCUGACAAGAAGACUGAUCGCCUUCUAGGAGCCCAUAUAAUUGCAUCAGUAAGUAUUCAAAGUGGAUUUCUACUUAGACGAUGUUGGACUGCUUCAAAUCAUAUUUAGUUUGUAAAGUGGUGCUUUAUUGAAGGCAAAACAUAUUAAACACAAUUGUCCUACUCUAUGGAGCCGAAACUUGGAGAACAGCAAGCAUCAUGCAGAAAGUACAGACAUUCACAAACACUUGCCUUAGAAAUAUUCUGAACAAAAAAUGGCCAGACAUCAUCACCAACAAGGACAUACCAAGAGCCUAUUGCUAAAGACAUCCUAAGGAAAAAAUUGAGAUGGAUAGAACACACUCUUCGCAACACUUAGAUAACAUCAUCAAACAAGGCCUAACAUGGAAAGCACAUUAUGGAAAAAGGAAGAGCUAUAGGCAGACACACAGUAUGGCAUACACCUGGAAGUAACUGGAAAGGCAAGCACAGGACCAAGAUGAAUGGAAAAUUUUUGUAGAUGGCCUAUGCUCCAGGCGGGGUAAAAGGCAUAAGGAAGGAAGGAGGGAAUUUCAGCUGAAGGCUUUUAGUCAUAAUGUCUGUUAGCUGUUUUGUAAAAAAUACAUUUUUACCCAACUGGUAAUUUGUUAACACUUUCUUAUACAGGAGGUGAUAACAUCAUCUUGUCAAUUUUUUCAGUUAAAAAAAAAAAAUUAACAUUAAGGUUAAAACUACAAGCAGAAACUAUUUUCUUGAAAUUUAGUUUAAUUGUCUUUAUGAUUGAUAUUUCAAACUAUUUCAGUGUGCUGGAGAAUUAAUCAAUGAGGCUGCUUUGGCCAUGGAAUAUGGAGCCUCUUGUGAAGACAUAGCUAGAGUCUGCCAUGCACAUCCAGUAAGUCAGCUUCAGUUUAUAAUUAACAGUCUCUCUCCUCCACCUCCCCCCCCCCAUGGAUUUUUGAAAGCAAAUGAGUUUAAUGCAAUAUAUGGUACCACAUCUAUUUAGUGUAUCUAUGAAAAGAUAGAUUUGCUGCAAAAUAUAUACUGUAGCUUAUGAAUAAUUUUGUACCACACCACACGUCAUUUUAUUUUUUAUCACAGUCAGUAACUUUUGCUAGUGUAGCUGUUGCUAGUGCUUUGUAUUUGUAGAAUAUUUGGGUUUAAAUUUGUAGUCUACUAAGUUUUACAUGCACUGUUUGAUAAAAACCAUUCACAUACCAAAGAUCAGUUUACAAUCACAAAAAUGAUAAAUCAUGUAAAAUUACAUAAAUGCAAUAAAAAUGCAUAUAAAGGACUUUUGUUUAAUUUUGUUUAAAGUACAUAGUUAUAUGUUUGAUCAUCUUCUUCCCCAGACUGUUUCUGAAGCUUUCAGGGAAGCAAACAUUGCCGCAUACUUUGGAAAGCCGAUCAAUUUUUAGUAUUUACAUUCUAACUAAUGUCUCUUGAAUAUUUAUACUUCCAUUCAUUUAGUUUGGAUUUUCUUUUCACCUAGAAAAUAUAAUUUCCCCAAGAAAUUUUUGAUCCAGAAUACAAUGAAAAAUAAAAAAAAAAUUAAGAUCAAUUUACCUAGAGCUCAAAUUUUGUUAAUAAAUAUUUCCAAAUUCUUUUCCUAUUGUGCAAAUCUGAUAGUUAAAGCGGGCGGGGUUGAGAAUUUAUUGUUAUCAUGUAGAUCUACAUGGAUGUAACAGUGUGCUUUACCAUGAAGAAAAAUGACUCUUAAGCUUUCUGUGUUAAUUUAUAAUCAAACAUUAACAUGUUAUGAUUUGUUGCCAAUAGCCAUUUCAAAAAUGCACACUUGUUAAGCGAAAGGAAUUAAAAAUAUUUUAUUACCCUUUCAAUGUUAAUAUUGAAAUUAAAAAAACAACUGAGUUAUUGAGUUCAUGUCAGUUUACGCUUGCUAUUUAUUGUACACAAAUUAUGAAAGAAUAUUGUUUUUUUGUAUAAUUUAAGUUCAAGAUAUGUCCAGUUUUUUUCUUGCAUUGGCACUUUUGUAAAUUAAUAAAUUCUAGUAAAUUUGUCAUUAUUUAUCAUGGACUUGUUAAAGAACAGAAGAACCUGAUGUGCAAGACUUCAAAGUGAAUAUUAAAAAUAUAAGUUAUGUCAUGCUUUGACUGUGAUGCUUUCUAAUAAUAGGUUUGAAGGAAAUUUCUUUGUUAACAGUUAGCAUGAGAUAUUGUGUCAUUAAAACUUUUAUUUUUAAAAAAAGAAGUCCAUAUGGUAAUCAGGACAUUGAAAAGUGUGCUGUCAGGUACUUAUGGUUACUUUAAAAAAAACAAUUAUCUCUAUCUUAUGUGGUCCUAUGAAAUUCUGUCUUAAUUAUUGCAAAGAAAAUAAUUUUCGAAGGCAACAGAUGAGAACAAAAAUAAUUUAAGCAUAUGUAAUUUAUUGAUACAUGAACAUAUGAAUACAUUGCCAUAAUAAAGAAGUAUAAACAUUAUCACAAUGUUAUUUUUUAAC